UACGCUCUCUCUCUCUCUCGAAGGCGAUUUGAUUCAGAAGGGGGAUUUCUCUGAAAAUUGGCUGAAGCAAAGGCAAAUCUGCCGUCAAUCGGUUGCAAUAGGAAGAGAAAACAAACCCUGUUUGACUCCCUGAUUCUUGGACCUGAGUCACCUAAUUAACCGCUCAAUAAUGUCGUUAUGAUACCCCGUGUGUCUAAAAGUGUCAUCUUUUGCGAAGCUGUAGCUAUAUAUGGCGUUAUUGUUGCAAUCAUUCUGCAAACAAAGUUGGAGAGUGUGCCAUCUUCAAAGAUGUAUGACGCUGAGUCUCUAAGAGCUGGAUAUGCAAUCUUUGCAUCUGGAAUCAUCAUUGGAUGCGGGUUAUGUGUAGGAAUCAUUGGGAGCAGUUGUGCAUUGUCUGAUGCCCAAAACUCUACACUCUUUGUAAAGAUUCUUGUGAUCGAGAUCUUUGGGAGUGCUCUUGGGUUGUUUGGAGUUAUUGUGGGGAUCAUUAUGUCUGCACAAGCAACAUGGCCAACCAAAUAGAUAUAUCCAUCCGGUCUGUAUGCGUUGUGUUCUACUUGCAAAUCUGGAAAGAACAUGGCUUCUUGAUUAUCUUCAUUGUUGUAUGGAUACUGAUGUCUAGAAGAAAAAAAGUUAUGUGUGAAAACUGAGAAUCACUUUUGGAUCCUUAAUAUUUUUUGUAUUUGUUUAAAGCUUUGGAAUAAGUCACUUUGGAGUACAUCUUCAUGUUUAUGUUUGUA